AGUGUUUCGGUCGUCAAGUGAAGUUUCUCGGCACACCAGUCGGACCUGCGAACACGCCAGUAAGGAUGGCACUCCGGGCAGCUAGUAACCGCUUACUGUAUUUCCAGAGGACAUGUUUUAAGGUCAACGCCCUUGAAACUCACCUGGCUGUCAGAUUCAAGGCAACCUGUCCUGUUGAAGUGAGCCAUCUAGAUCAUUUGGUGUUGACGGUAAAAAGUGUGCCAGAUACAAUCAACUUUUAUACAUCGGUUCUUGGAAUGGAGGUUGUCACUUUUAAGGGGAACCGUAAAGCUCUGGGUUUUGGGAAACAAAAGUUUAACCUUCACCAGUUGGGCAAAGAGUUUGAACCAAAAGCUAAACGUCCAACUUCAGGCUCUGCAGACCUGUGUCUCAUCACCAAAACUCCUCUGACUGCAGUAGCUGCUCAUCUGAAGGUUUGUGGUGUUGAAAUUGAAGAGGGACCAGUGCAGAGGAGUGGAGCUGUGGGACCCAUCACUUCCCUUUACUUCAGAGAUCCAGAUCACAAUCUCAUUGAAGUGUCAAACUACAACCAGUCAGCACCAGACGGCUCCUCUUGAACCUUUUAGUGAGCAUGUAAAAAUGCACUGUCAGCACACGACGGGCUCUAUAACCAUUAAAGGUUUAAACCAAAAUGACUGGUAAUGAAAUAUCUAGUUUAUAAAUGAGAGAGGGUGGAUAACACCAGCUGCUGCAAGAUCUAGAGAAACUCAUCCAUUUGUUGAUCUUUAGUUGCAUUGAUUACUGCAACUGUGUCUUCACAGGUCUGCCAAAAAAAUCAACUAGACCGCUGCGGCUGAUCCAGAACGCUGCUGCACGUGUUCUCACUAAAACUAGGAAGAUAGAGCACAUCACCCCAGUUCUAAAGUCCUUACAUUGGUUCAGUGUAGCUCAGAAAUUAGACUUUAAAAUACUGUUGUAAGUUUAUAAAUCAAUCAACGGCUUAGCACCACAAUACAUUAAAGAUCUCCUGUGGUUGUAUCAAUCUUCCAGAUCACUCAGGUCUUGUGGUUCUGGUCUGCAUAGAUGCUUCUCCAAAACCAAACAUGGAGAAGCUUUUAUGCACCAAAAAUCUGGAACAAACCUGUAAAACAGCCGAAACACUAAGUUCCUUUAAAUCUGGACUCAAAACCCACCUGUUUAGAGUUGCUUCUGAAACAUUAUAAAUGAAACAAUCAACAUGUUGAUGUGUAAUAACGGCACUUGAAAAAAUUUAAUGCUUCAAUUGUUGACUGUGUGUUCUAUGACUUUGUAUUUUGGUGUUUUUAUGAUGUAAAGCACUUUGAACUGCCUUGUUGCUGAAACGUGCUAUACAA